AUGGAAGGAGAGGCUGGGUGUGAAGGUGAGGAAGAGGAGAAGGGAGACCACAUGGAGAAAGAAGAUAAGAGGGAGGACAAUAUAGAAAUGGACCAAGAGGAGAUGGAGGGAAGAGCAGCGGAAGGAGAAGCAGAGAUGGAGGAAGAAAUGACUGAGAGAGAAGAGGAAUUAAAGACACAGGGAGAGAACGAGAGAGAAGAAAGGAGGUUUAAGUCUGUCCCUCUGUCACCUCUGCAGGACCCACAAUCUGCUGAAACUCUGCAUCACGGCACAGAAAACAAAGCUCCCAGAGUCCUCACAGACGGAGAGAAAGGGGCUGUCGCUGCCAAAACCCACAGCAGGGACAUUUAUCCCACAUCGCCGAGCAGUGACAAGGAGGCUUUUCUGAGCAGCACAGACGCUUCACACCAAACUGCUGCUGCACACAGUGUGACAGACACAAACGUUCCCUGUGCUGACGCUCAUCUGAAUCUAAGUGAACAAACAGAGACGUCGCAGCGCAGUUUACAGGAGCAAGAGCGGCAUCCAGGUGAAAGAGCUGGAGUAGAAGAAGCAGACAACUCCGGAAAUACUCCACCUGUAUUGCACACAGACCUACAGACAUCGCUUUGCAGACCAGAGGACAAAGUGACACUGAUGGAAGCUCCUGCUCAGUCCUCGAUGGAAGAUGAACAAGAGAGCAAAAUCUCCUCUGGCACAGUAAAACAUUCAAUGAAAACCGUAAGGUCUCCUGUGAUGAAUGGUGAGGCUGAUGCUGCAGAUGACAAGAAGAAAGAUGGCCAACAAUCAUCGAAGUACAAAACAGUGUCCUACAGAAAGAUCCCCAGAGGAAACACCAGGCAGAGGAUUGAUGAGUUUGAGUCCAUGUUUAACUCGUGAAAGAGCAUUAAACAUAAUAUAUAGUAACAUACUGAUAUAUAAUAUAUGUAGAGGAUUUGCUGAAAUUAACCAAGUCGUUUUUUUCUGAUUCAGCUCUUGCAAAUUAUGACCCCUACUGGUAAUGUUUUGAGAAAACCAGAAGACC